UAAAAUGUCACACUCACCUGUGUUGGAAUGAACAGCCCCUUCAAACUAGCCUACUAUUCCAGCCGUUUCUAUUAAUGAAACCAAGAUAUAAACUUCAGUAUCAAUGUCCACCUAAGAAAGAAAGACCAACCGAUGAUGUGUCAAUAUUGAAAUAUGUGUCUGUCACAUGCGCGAGCUAUUUAGCUGCCCAGCUAGUUAGCUAUUUUGCUUACCUCGCGCCUUCUAGCAAGACAAAGGCAGCCGAUCGUCUGGUCCCUCAAAAUGUUGUCAAAUUCAAGUCAUGUGCUAUCUAGGACUGGAGGACCAUGUCCUUUAAUUAAGACCUGAGACAGCUCUGGGAGUCAAAGAUUCUGCAGUCCAAAGCAGUGGAUGGCUUGGCCCUCAUGAAGAACACCAACUUAUCCGACUUUGUGCGGCAGCUCCCUCAACUAUGGACAGACUUUUACAAAACCUACAUAACAACAGUGGGACUCUGGCCACCUUCUCUCUUCCUCCACGGAUGACCUACCCAGUCCAGAUCCCUGCAGGGGUCACAGCGCAGACAGCCUCUGGCCAGCUUUACAAGGUCAACUUUACAGUGAUGGUGUCCCAGGCUCCAGCUGGCCACAGCCCUCUCCCCUCAGCUGCAGAAGGGGGUCCUGUAGUGGAGCGGAAAGAUCCUCGCUCAGAUUCCCAGCAGUCAGCUGUGGUGGUCCCUUCUACUGUCCUCAAGACCAUGACCCCUCCGAAGACAGAACCAUUCUCCCCACGGCCUGUGGCCCCUCCCACAGCUGUACCUCAGACACCAGAGCAGAAGACCCUGAUACGUCCAGUCCAUGUGAUGCCUCCGGUCAAGCCACCUGAUGAGAAGCCCGUGCUACCCAAACCCGUGGUCCAGCCCCCAGUUCAGGAGAACCAUCUCCUUCAGCAGCCACAGGUUCCUUUAGCUCAGGCACGCUUUUCUGUGCAGACUCCAGUGUCCUUUUAUUUCUGUCCCAACCGCCAUCUCACCCCCCAGAGAGCCCUUUUGACAGUGGUGAUUUCAAUCUGGAUGGGAUUGACUUCGACAGUCCACAGCCACAGCAGCUAGACAUGAGCCUGUCCUCGUCCCUCUCCUCUGGCUCUGCCCAGAUGCCAAGCCUUUAGGCAAAGUCUUCUAAGUUUUUUUUCAAUGACUUGUGGACAACUCAGCCAUAUCUUCAUCAAAUAGUCAACAAUCUCAUGUAAUUGAAUUACAAUGGCAAGGCACGGUACUGCUAUAAUUAAUAAGACAGAGACUUCCUCCCAAAUGACACCCUAUUCCCUACAUAGUACACAUCCUGUCCAGGGACCAUAGGACUCUAGUCAAAAGUAGUGCAUUUUUAUUGAGAAUAGGGUGCCAUUGGACAACAAGAGACCUGAGCCAAGGUUCAACAUACAGCUUACAUAAUCAUGUCUAUUUUACCCAGGUCAAGAUGAAGAUGAGCCUGUCUGAAGGGUCAUGGUUGGGGGUGGGUUGGAUUUCGGGGCCAGUGAGGUGGGGGUGGAGGAGAUGGUGAACAGGAGGACAACACACCUGAGCAGCUUAUGACAACACACCCGGAGGGUCGACCUGUGUAUACUACCAAGGUACCAAGCUGGAGAUGACCCUGUUGAAAGACUACAACUUCAACGAUGCUCUGGCAGACAUCAUCCACCUGAACAGCAGUUCUGAUUUGGAGGAGAUGAUGGAAG